AUGGAAUCAGGAAAUCAAACGCAUGCUUUGGAAUUUCUCCUCUUAGGAUUUUCAUCAAGUUCAGAGACUCAGUUGAUUCUAUUUGGGCUGUUCCUGUCCAUCUAUGUGGUCAUAUUCACAGGGAACCUACUCAUUAUUCUGGCCGUCAGUUUAGACUCCCAUCUCCACACACCCAUGUACUUUUUUCUCUCCAACCUAUCUUUUGCUGACAUCUGUUUUACUUCCACCACCAUCCCAAAGAUGUUACUGAACAUUCAAACACAAAACAAAGUCAUAACAUAUAAAGGAUGCCUCAGCCAGAUAUUUUUUUUCAUUGUAUUUGGAUGCCUGGACAAUUUACUCCUGACUGUGAUGGCUUAUGACCGGUUUGUAGCCAUCUGUCACCCCUUGUCCUACACUGUCAUCAUGAACUACUGGCUCUGUGGAUUGCUGGCUCUGGGGUCCUGGUGUCUGAGCAUCAUGGGUUCCUUAAUUGAAACCUUGCCCAUUUUGAGGCUAUCCUUUUGCACAAACAUGGAAAUCCCACACUAUUUUUGUGAUCUUCCUGAACUCCUAAAACUUGCGUGUUCUGACAUUUUCAUCAAUAACCUAGUGGUUUAUUUUGCAACUGACCUUCUGGCCAUGAUUCCUUUCAAUGGAACUUUUUCUUACUAUAAAAUUAUUUCCUCUAUACUGAGAAUUUCCUCAGUUGGGGGCAAGUACAGAGCCUUUUCCACCUGUGGAUCUCAUCUCUCAAUAGUCUGCUUAUUCUAUGGCACAGGCCUUGGGGUCUAUCUUAGUUCUGCAAUGAUUUCAUCCUCUAGGGCAAGCCUGCUGGCCUCUGCAAUGUACACCAUGAUCACCCCCAUGCUGAACCCCUUCGUCUACAGUCUGAGAAACAGGGACAUGAAGGGAGCCUUGAUGAGCCUCUUCAGCAGAGUAGUAUCUCUCAGUGAUGGAGCUGUUGCAGAGGUCUCAUAA